UAUAUAUAUAUAUAUAUGUAUGUAUGUAUGUAUAAUCUAGAGGCACCCUGGCUGGUGACCUCAAACAGAUCAUUUAACUUUCCAGUGCUCUAAGCAACUCUCUAAGAUCAUAAGUUGCAAAGAAGAUGAAGAUUUGUCUUGUUAAAGGAUAUUUUCUCAUCUAGUUUCUACAAUCUAUACCAAUGAAAUCACAGGUCCAAUCCCAAAUACAUGCAUUAUUUUAUUUAUUGUGAUUAAAGGCAACAUGAUUCAAAAGAAAGAACGAUAUGUUUGGAUUCAGAAGACCUGGAUUCAGAUCCUAGUCUGCCACUUGCUAGCUGCAUGACAUAGACAAGCCAUUUAAAUUUCUUUGGGUUUCAAUUCUUUAUCUGUAAAGACAGAGGGUUGGGCUAGGGUAAUGUUAUCUGUUAGAUCCCUUCCAACUCUAAAUUUAUAAGAUGGUGAGCUAGCAUUCUAUGACUUUCCUGUAGUUAAUAAAGCUCAAAAGCAAAAUUUCAACGCAGGCCUUUUCUGAAUCCCAGCCCUGCAUUCUUUAAACCGCAUUAGGGUCAAAAGGAACUUUAUUCAUCAGUGACUUGCUGGAGUUCUUUGAACAGACACAGGGCGCCGCUGUCGGCCAAUACCAAGUCAAAAAUCUAGAUGAGAUUCCCUGGAGUUUCCUUUAAAGCUAUUUUCUGCACAGUCACCAAGAUCCUUGCCCAGAAAAGACUCGGACUCGUUGCUUCAUAGAUUCUGCCCCGGAAUAUACUGAUUCAAUCCUCAGAUAACAGACCCUCAUGACAUUUUACAUUCCAGUAAGUAUUUGAAGCAGGGCUUUUCGGGAACUGAAGAAUCAGCACGAACUAAGCAGCUGAAAAAUGAGAAGGAUCACUGAGCAGGGGGACCGGAUCUUGUUUCUGUUACUGGCCUCUUUGUUCUAUCGGGUACUUUCCGAACACAUCACCUACUCGAUUCCAGAGGAGAUGGCGAAAGGAUCGGUCGUGGGGCAUCUAGCUAAGGAUCUGGGGCUGGAGGUCCGUGACUUGCCGGCUCGGAAGCUACGGGUGAGUGCAGAGAGGGAAUACUUUAGAGUAAGUGAAGAGAACGGGGACUUACUGGUCAGCAACAGAAUAGACAGGGAAGAGAUCUGCGGGAGGAAGCCAGUGUGUACUCUGGAAUUUGAAAUGGUGGCUGAAAAUCCAUUGAACUUUUUCCGUAUAACUAUCAUGAUCGAUGAUAUUAACGACAAUCCUCCACGAUUCAGUAGAAAUAUAAUUGACUUGGAAAUCAGCGAGAUUGCGCUGCCUGGGGUAACGUUUGCACUGGAAACUCCUCAGGACCCAGAUGUAGGUGUGAAUUCGCUACUGCAGUAUUUUCUAAGUCCGGAUUCCCAUUUCUCCUUACUGCCAAAGGAAAAUCCAGAUGGCAGCAAAUAUGCAGAAUUAGUAUUGGAAAAAUCAUUGGACAGGGAAAAGCAGAGCUCCUAUCACUUAGUCCUGACGUCAGUAGACAGCGGAGUCCCGGUUCGAAGUGGUACAGUAGAAAUUAGGAUCAACGUCACUGACGUCAAUGAUAACUGGCCAGUCUUCAGCCAGGAAGUCUACAGGAUCAGUCUGAGGGAGAACCUGCCCGCUGGGUCCUCUGUGCUUCAAGUGACAGCCACGGACCAAGAUGAAGGAAACAAUGCGGAAAUCACUUACUCUAUCAGCACAGUGGAGACACCGAAACACCUGUUCAGAUUGGAUGCUAAAAGUGGAGAAAUAUCAACUGAAGAAGUACUCGAUUUUGAAAAAGGAGAAGGUUACACUAUUGGAGUAGAAGCAAAAGAUGGAGGAGGUCAUACUGCUCACUGUAAAAUUCAAAUAGAAAUUCUAGAUGUGAAUGACAAUGCCCCCGAGGUAACUUUUGCUUCAGUAUCCAAUCAUAUACCUGAAAACUCCAUGCCUGGAACUGUUGUAGCCCUGAUCAAAACACUUGAUCCAGAUUCAGGGAUAAAUGGUGAAGUACUCUGUCGUGUAAAAGAUAACGUCCCAUUUAAAAUAUCCUCUUCCAGCAAUAACUUGUAUAAACUAGUUACGGAUGGUUCCUUGGACCGUGAAGAGAUCCCAGAGUAUAACAUUACUCUAAUCGCCAUAGACAAGGGAAACCCACCUCUGUCCACCAGCAAAAUUCUCACCUUGCAAAUUACAGACGUCAAUGACAAUCCCCCAGUUUUCCUCCAACCUUCUUAUGUAGUUUACGUCCCCGAAAAUAACCCCUCCGGAGUAUCUAUAGCGUGUGUCUCAGCCACUGACUUAGACCUAGAGGAAAACGGCAGAGUGUCGUAUUCCAUCGUCAACAGCGACCUAGAACCUCUACAGUUAUCUUCUUACGUUUCUGUUAAUAGUCACAAUGGGCAUAUUUUUGCUCAGCGCUCUUUCGAUUAUGAGCAGGUCCAUACCUUCGAGUUAACUUUACAAGCCCAGGAUUCUGGCUCUCCAGCUCUCAAUGCCAAUGUCACUGUACGGGUGUUCAUCGUGGACAGCAAUGACAACGCCCCAAAUAUCCUUUACCCUGCUCUGGGACCAGACAGAUCGGCCCUCUUCGACAUGGUCCCUCGCUCGGCUGAGCCCGGUUAUCUAGUGACCAAAAUAGUGGCCGUGGAUGCAGACUCCGGACACAACGCUUGGCUGGCUUACCGCGUUAUACAGGCCACAGAUCCCGGACUCUUCAGCCUAGGUCUGCGCACAGGUGAAGUCAGGAGUGCGAGGGCUUUGACUGACCGAGAGUCUGUCCGGCACCGCCUUCUGGUCUCUGUGCAGGAUGCAGGCCAGCCUCUCUGUCGGCCACUGUGGCUCUGAACUUGGUCUUUGCAGAUAACCUACAAGAGGCGCUGCCGGAAAUGAAGGAAGAAAACAAGAUUGCCUUAGACUCUCAGUCUGAGCUACAGUUUUAC